GGCGAGGACCGACUGCGCAGAGCCGGUCCCGGGGCUCCCUGGGCCAGGCCGAUCCCGGGGCGCCCCCCGACUGCCCCCCGGAGCGGGGCGGGGAACACAAUCGGAGCCCCAGCCUCCUGCGGGCGGGCCGCCAGGUGAGCGCCGCACAGGACGCCGGCGGCGGGAGAUGGGCGCCCGGCCGUCUCGGCGGCGGCUGCCCGUAGAUCCGCCCGUGGCCCUGGACGCGCUGCCCCCGGAGCUGCUCGUGCAGGUGCUGAGCCACGUGCCGCCGCUAGCGUUAGUGACCCGCUGCCGCCCGGUGUGCCGCGCCUGGCGCGAUGUAGUGGACGGGCCCACUGUGUGGCUGCUGCAGCUGGCCCGCGACCGCAGCGCCGAGGGUCGUGCAUUCUACGCCUUGGCCCAGCGCUGCCCACCAAGCAACGAAGACGAAGACGAGCUCCCGCUCUGCGCCCUGGCGCGCUACUGCCUGCGGGCGCCCCUCGGCCGCAACCUCAUCUUCAACUCCUGCGGAGAGCAGGGCUUCAGAGGCUGGGAGGUGGAGCAUGGAGGAAAUGGCUGGGCCGUGGAAAAGAACCUGACAGUGGUGCCCGGGGCUCCUUCCCAGACCUGCUUCGUGACUUCUUUCGAAUGGUGCUUCAAGAGGCAGCUUGUGGACCUGGUGAUGGAGGGUGUUUGGCAGGAGCUGCUGGACAGCGCCCAGAUCGAGAUCUGCGUGGCGGACUGGUGGGGCGCCCGAGAAAACUGCGGCUGCAUCUACCGGCUUCGGGUCCGCCUCCUGGACGUGUAUGAAAACGAAGUGGUCAAGUUCUCAGCGUCGCCCAACCCGGUCCUUCAGUGGACUGAGAGGAGCUGCCGACAGGUCUCCCACGUCUUCACCAACUUUGGCAAGGGCAUCCGCUACGUGUCAUUUGAGCAGUACGGGAGAGACAUGCGUUCCUGGGUGGGACACUACGGUGCCCUUGUGACCCACUCCAGCGUGAGGAUCAGGAUCCGGCCGUCCUGACCCAGCAGUCCAGGCUGCACUGCCACCUGCUGGAUGUUACCAAAAUCAAGUGGCUUCCCAACCCAGAGCCGGAGGACACUCAGGGACAAUGGGGGUCCCAUGCGGCUUGUUCCGGGCACACCUCCCAUGACCCCACUUGCUGCUGCUUCAGCAUGGCGGUCCUCGUGCUGUGUGACAGACCAGGGAUCCAAGCGAGCUCUUCAGAGCUUCCUCGGCUCCCCGGGGGGGGUCCUAAAGGUAACUGAGACAUUUAGUUCAUUCGUGUCUAUAAGUUGUUUCCUCCUGCGUGAUGUCAGUGGGUAAACCGAGGCAAGAAACAGGCCACACCAGGGCUUCUGACAGUGAAGGAAGGCUGCCUGACGAGUCACCAUUCCUGGUGACUCUUGUCUGCACGUUGUUGGGGUACGCUGACUGCUGGCAGGGAGCAGAAGUCAUUCAGCAUCUGUCCUUGAGACCAACAGAGACCUCAAAGGAAACCCUUCUGUUGUUUUGGGGAGUCUCUGGGAUUCAGCUGUGGGGCUGCCUAACCGGCCACCUCUGAGCAAUGUCCACCCUGAUGCUCAGCAGCACCUCCACUGGGGGCUAGGCUGGCACUGACUCUCAUCAGAACUGUGGAGGCCAGGUCCCCUGCCUUCACCUCCACGGGAUCACACUGCCCCAGCCCGCCCCUGUACCCACACCCUCUGGUAUAGAGAGUUCUGGAGCAAAGUGUGCCAGGAGGCGGAGCUCUUUCCUCUCCUUUUUGAACAGCUGGGAAUGGUCAACCAACUAGCUCAAUAAAAUUGGUGCUAAA